AAAUUGAUGCGUUUGGGCGCGUCCGCGCAGGCUUUGAAGGCGCGUUGACAUGGUUGACCCGAGGGUCCCGUGGAUGUUGCAUCGGCUGCGUUCAACUCACCGCGCCGAGUGGCCGUCCAUGCCUGUGCUUCGGCGGUGUCAGCGGCAACGCAAUGAGCAGUGUCCAAGGCGCUGGGCCGGACUCUCCGAGGUUGUGCGGCACAGGGCGGAGCGGGAUGAGCGCGGGCCGUUUCUCUACUUAAACCUUGGUGCGGCCUCGCCUGCUAAGUUGUUUUGCGUUUGCAGCCAGGGGACCAGCCCGAUUGAUCUGCCAGGAGUUGUUGCCAGAUACUUCGAUUUGCCCCCAGUUGCGCACAAGUUUAGUUUGGAGAAAGCGCGCGCCUUUGCCAAAGCAACAAAGAGAGCCGUUGGGUUGCCCUUAACUGUGGAUUGCGGUUACGGCCAGCGCGCGACGAUUGCCGGAUUUGACAAAAAGAACCAGACAAGGAGCGCCAGCGACUCGGGAGGGGCUCCGCAGCCAAAAGCCUCUCGGCGCCCUUGCUAAGCUCGCGCGGCGCCCACCGCGUGUGCGUGUGUGCAGCCGUGCAGCGGCUCAUGGCGAGUCCAGUCGCUGGAGCAUCAGCAACAACAGGAGUCGGCGGCGGCAGCAGCAGCGGGCCGCGCCCCGGCUCCCCAGGCGCCCUGGACGUGAACGCGCCCGCCUUCCUGCCCAACUCCGCCGCAGCCGCCGCGGCCGCCGCACACGCCGCCGCCAUGCAGGCCGCAGCCGCCCGCACCACCAGUGGCGGCGGCAGUACCAAUGGCGGCGGCGCCGCCACCGAUGGCCUGCCGCCGGCUCAGGCGCCGCAGCAGCCCCCAUCCUACACCGGAGGCCAGCAGUACUACCCGCCACAGCAGCAGCACCAGCACCAGCCGCCGCAGCAAUACCCGCCGCCUCAGGCCGCCUACUACGAUACCUACGUGCCGGGCUCGGACAGCGGCGCCGCGCCGGAGCACCAGCAGCGCCCACCCCGCGCCCCCACCAGUGCCCCCGUCAUGGCGGCCCCCGGCGGCGGCAGCGGCGGCGGCACCCGUGACUACCCGUACAGCCCCGCUGAGGGCCUGCCGCCGCCGCACCCCGCGGUCAGCGGCGCCGCCAGCAGCACAGCACCCGGCAUGCCCCCUGCCGGUGGCGGUGGCGGCGGCGGCGAGCCGCACCACCCCACGUACCCGCACCCGCGCCACGAGCGCCGCGGCAGCGCCGCCAGCUAUGCCUCCGAUGUCGGCGGCGGCGGCGGCGUCUACCGGGACCCCUACACCGCCGGCUCCAGCGGCGGCGCCUCCGCCGCUGACAGCAGCUACGCCGGCGGCGCGGCAGCCGCCGGCGGCGGCCCCCCGCAUGACCACGAGCACCCGCACUACCCCCACCAGCCGCCUGGCGGCGCCGCUGGCGGCGGCGGCGGCGCCGCCGCCGCCGGCUGCCCCAGCAGCCUGACCCACAUGGUGGACUUCAUCAACCACCACAAGCUGGCCUCCGCCCGACCCGUGUACGUGCCGCCGCCGGGCGGGCACGGCCUCGGCGGCCACGCGCACGGCGGCGCCCGCGGCGGCGGCUACGGCGGCGGCGGCGCAGCGGGCUACCCGGGCGGCGUGCACCCGUACGAGCGCGACCCCAAGUGGGUGCAGCCCAGUGGCCCUCGGCGCCCCGGCGAGGGCAUUGAGAACGAGGAGCAGGGCAUUGUGAGCGCCGAGAAGACCGCGCAGGGAAUGAUCCUGCGCAUCACGCUGCUGGCCGCGGGCUUCGUCAUUGGCCCCAGCGGCACCAGUGUGCGUGAGAUCAUGCGCGUCACAGGCGCCGAAAUCAAGUCCUGGACCGAGAACCGCACCGCGCAGCAGCUGCUGGCAGCAGGCGGCGGCGGCAGUAGCGGCGGCGCCGGCAGUAGCGGCGGCAGUAGCGGCGGCAGUAGCAGCCGCCGGCCGUGCCGCAUGCUGGUGGUGGAGGGGGAGGAGGAGGCUGUUCUGCAGGCGGUGAAUGUGAUAGUGGCGGCGGUGGACCGGUACAAGGACCUAUGUGAGGGCCGCUACCAGGGCCAGGCCGUGUCGCGGCUGCAGCGGGUGCUAGGGGUGGACUUCUGCUACCAGCCGCCGCCGCGUGCGGUGGUGCCCUGCGCCGCCGCGCUCAAGGGGCAGGCGGCGCCGCUGCACCUGCCGGCGGGCGCGGAGCCGCCACGAGGCGGGCCGCCGCCGCCGUACGCACAUGCAGGCGGCGGCAACGGCAUGGCCGGCGGGGGGUCGGGCCUGCCACCCAGGGGCCGUGGCGACGAGUACGGCGGCUACUCCUACUCCCCGCCCGGCAACGGCGGCAGCGCCAGCGCCGCUGCCGGCAGCUACGGCGCCUACCACCCCUCGCCGUACGGCCCGCCGCCGCCGGGGUCCGUGGCGCUGGCGGCGCCGCCAGUGGGAGACCCGUACGGCCUGGGUGUGGGUGUGGGUGGCGGCGCCUACAUGAUGGCGGCGCCCUCGCCCGUACGCGGCGGCGGCGGCGGCGGUACGUCCAUGGUGGAUCUGGGUAUGAGCGGCCCGUACGGCAUGUACGGCGUGUACGGCAUGCCCCGGGUGUACGACCCGGCUGGCGGCGCCAACACCUCUCCGCCCAACGCCGGCUACGGCGGCCGUGGCGGCGGAGCCGCUACCAACGGCCCCGGCGGCGAAGCCACAGCCGCCGCAGGCGGCACCGCCGGCAGCGGCUCCAAGCCCGGCGGCGGCGGCGGCGGCGGGCCGGCGGCUGGCGGCUACAUGGGCGCAAUGGGGCCGCCCGGCGUGGGCGGUCCUCUGGAUCCAGCGGCGGCGGCGGCGCUGGCGGCGGCGGGCAUGGCGCCGCUGCAGCUGCCGCUGCCGCCGGGCAGUCCUGCAAUGGCGGGCGGCGGCGGCGGAGGGCUGCUGCUGCCGGCGGCGCCUCUGGCGGCGCUGCCUCCGGGAACCGACAUGGGUGCCCUCACCGACUACAUGAUGAAGACCGGGGGCUUCCUGCCGGGCGGUGCUGGCGGCGGUCUGAUGCCGCUGGACAUGUCGGCACUGGCGGGCAUGGCGGGACCCGCGGCAUACCCCAUGGACCUGCAGGCGGCCUACUUCGCCGGCAUGCUGCACGGCCCCAUGAUGGGCCUGGCGCCCACGGGCGGCUACUACUACGGACUGCCCGGUGCGCCGCUGUCGCCCGCGGGGGGAGUCAUGGGCGGGCACAUGCCGGGCAUGUCGCCCGCGCGCAGCGGCACCAGCCGCAACGGCGGCGGCGGCCCCCACCACCCGCACUCGCACCACCCGCACCCGCACCAGCAGCACCCGCACUACCAGCCGCACCCGCACCAGCAGCAGCACCCGCAACACCCGCACGCCGGCGCCGGCGGUGCCAGCGUGCCGCCCAGCCCCAGCCGCCUCAACCCACUGGCGCAGCCCUGGGCGGCUCCCGGCAUGGCGCGUGACCCCAAUGCAGCCGGCAUUGUGUCAGGGAUGAUUGGCGGCGGCGGCGGCGGCGGCGGCGAGGGGGCGGCUGGGGCGCCUGCGGGCGGCCCCGCGGGGGAGGCAGCGACCGAGGCACACGUCCACACCAGCGGCGGGGCUGCUGCGGUGCCGAUGCCGAUGCCGGGACCCGGCGGCGUGAGUGAGUUCGGCGGCGGUGGCGGCGGUGGUGGAGGUGUUGGCGGCGGCGGCAGCGCCGCAAACAGCGCCCCGACCACGCGCCCUUCCAGCCGUGCGGCGAUGGCGAGCGGCGGCGGCGGCGGCGGCAGUGGCGGUGGCUAUGCGCCGCCGCAGCCGUCUCGGGCGCCUGUUGCUGUCGGUGGCGGCGGCGGUGGCGGCGGCGGUGGCGGCGGCGGCGAAGAGGCCGGCCACCACUACCAGCAGCAGCAGCAGCAGCAGCAGGACCUGGGCGGCGGCGGUGGCGGCGGCGGUCUGGGUGGCGGCAGUGAGGACGACGCCGACGACCUGGCGGGAGAGGAGGUGGCCAUGGCGGCGGCGGAGCGGGCCCUGGCCAACAGGACACCCAAGCGCCCCGUCAAGCCCACGAUGCAGCACCAGCACCACAACGAGGCCGCCGCGCUGCCGCCCCUGUCCGGCGGCGGCGGUGGCGGUGACGACAUCCACGGACGCCACCGCCGCGACACGGACGGCAGCGCCGCCGCCACCGCCGCCGACCUGUCUGCCAUACACGGCAGCCCCACAGGCGGCCUCAUGCUCAGCGGCGCCGCCGCCGUCAAGGCCCUCGGCGGCGGCGGCCACGGCGGCAUGAGCGCUAGUGGUGGUGGUGGCGGUGGUGGUGGUGUGGAGGGAGGUAUCGGUGCGUCCGGCAGCCCAAUGGUGUCGGCAGGGGACCCGCUGGUGUCGCCCAGUCGCUUCAGCGGCGGCAAGGGCGCUACGCGGCGGGGCCCGGCCGGCGGCGGCCGCGGCGGCGGCGGCGGCGGUGGCGGCGGCGGCGGCGGUGGCGGCGGACUGCGCAGCACUCGGACCACCACCGACAGCCCGACCCAGUCUGCCGGCAGCACCCCCGGCGGCGGCGGCAGCAGCGGCAGCGCCGCCGCGGCCGCCAUCGGCCAGACACUCGCGGCGCUGUACAUGACAGACACGCCGUCGGCCUCGCCGGGCGGCGGCGGGGAGGAGGUGACCUCGCGCGCCGCCGGUGGCGGCGCAGUAGGCGGAAGUGGCGGUGGCGGUGGCGGCGGCCGCCAGGGCGGCAACCCGGUCGACGUUCCGAUACCCAUGCCGAUGGCGGGUCCGCUGACGGGUGGCGGCGGCGGUGGCGGCGGGGAGCAUGCGGACACGGGCAGUGGCGUGUGAGGAGGGGUUUUGACCGCGCCGUUGCCUGUGCGGUGCCGUGCAUGGAGGCAGGGUGGCUGGGCAGGACGAGGGGCGGGGCAUCCGCUCCCGGGCGGGGAGUUGAUUGUUAUGCGACUGCAUGCCGCCUUGACAUUUGGAAUGUGGCAGAGGCGGAUCAAAUGAAGGGACCCUGUGGGCACCACGAAUGGACCAGUGGGGUCAGGAGAGGAGGCACGUUUAAACCGGAGCGCAUUACCGCGUAGUGGCCAAGGCUCGACAGCUCGAGCCAGCAUUGCUGCAAGCCGGCUAGGCGAAAUAAAGGGCACCCUGUGAAUGCUUGAUGGUUUGUCAGUCGUUGAAGAGUUGCUCCCCGGUGAGUAACAAUAGAAGGCAAAGCAGCAGCGCGUUGCUGCCUACAGCUUAUACUUGGCGGGGUUCCUUUGAAGUUUGACGCAGAUUCGCUCGGCUAGCUAGUUGCAUGUAGUUGCAUGUGACGCGUGUCCGGUUGCACGGCGCGGGUGAGGCGAUUGAUCAGGACCAAGGCGCAACAUAUGCGCGCUUGUACAGGGGCAUCACGGGGCAAGUUGGCACCAUGUGCGGCCUUACGUGUGAGGGUUGACGUCGUCGGGCAGUACCGUAGUAAGCCGGGGGACUUAGUUUACGUGAGAGGUAACUGGGUGCGUGUGGCAUUCGCAGCGUCGGACAGGAGGGCAGGUGAGGCACGCCCGCAGAGGAAGUCGCCCACAGAUGACACAGGGGCAUGCAUGGCGGGAGGGGGGGCGCCGGCACGGCGCAAAGGGAAACACGCGUGGUGGACAUGGCCUGCCGACUAGACCAUCGAAUUCA